AUGGGCUUCCACCCGUUCGAGGUCAACGCGCCUCACCUGGUGUACACGAUCCUGGGCGGCUUCACAGUCAUCUUUGGCAUGCUGUCGCUCAUCAUCAAGGAAAAGUUGUAUAUCGGUGAAGCGCCCAUUGCAACCAUCCUCGGUAUCAUUAUCGGGCCGUACGCGCUCAACUUUUUCGACCCGUACGCGUGGGGAGGAGGCAGGCAGAGCGUCACCGACGAGAUUACCCUCGAGGUCACCCGUGUGGUCAUUGCCAUUGGCGUGUUUGCUGUCGGCGUCGAAUUGCCAAAGGCGUACAUGAAGCGCCACUGGCGUUCGCUCUUCUUCCUCCUCGGGCCUUGCAUGGUGUACGGCUGGCUCGUGUCUGCGCUCUUGAUCUGGGGCAUGAUUCCCGGUCUGACCUACCUCUCUUGCCUGGUUAUCGCCGCAUGUGUCACCCCGACCGACCCCAUUCUCGCACAGGCCGUCGUCGGUGGCAAGUUUGCCGACCGCCAUGUCCCCACCCACAUUCGUCACUUGCUAUCAGCCGAGUCGGGAAGCAACGACGGCGCCGCCUUCCCCUUUCUCUACAUUGCGCUCUACCUCACUCUGGACAGCAGCCCCGGGCACGCCGUCGGAGAAUGGUUCUACAUGACCUGGGUCUACGAGGUGCUCCUGGGCAUCAUCCUCGGCGGCCUCCUCGGCUUCACGGCCCGCAAGGUCAUGCAGUUCUCCGAGAGGAAGAAGCUCAUUGACCGUCAAUCGUUCGUCGCCCAGUACGUCUCUCUGGCCCUUCUUUCGAUCGGUAUCUGCACGCUUCUUGGAAGCGACGACCUGCUGGCCGCGUUUGCGUGCGGCUGUGCGUUCGCAUGGGACGGUUACUUUAACAAGGCCACCGAGGACGCCGUGUUCUCCAACGUCAUCGACCUGCUGUUCAACUGCGCCGCGUUCAUCUACAUUGGCGCCAUUAUCCCCUUUACGUCGUUUGCCAACGCCGAGUUCCACCUCUCGGUCUGGCGUCUCAUCGUCCUUGCCAUCCUCAUCCUCAUUGUCCGUCGCAUGCCUGUCAUUCUCGCCCUCUACAAGUUUAUCCCCGACAUCAAGACCUUCCGCGAGGCCGCCUUCGUCGGCUGGUUCGGCCCCAUGGGCGUCGGCGCCAUCUUCAUCUCGACCCUGGCCCGCACCAACAUUCCCGAGCCCGAGAAUGAUGGCGACACCAGCCAGGUCGACCUCUUGCAGGAGACCAUUGGCCCCAUUGUCGCCAUGCUCGUCCUGGCGUCGGUCCUCACCCAUGGUCUCUCAAUCCCCUUCUUCGUCUCUGGCCGUCGUGUCCACAGCAUCACCAACACGUGGUCGCGCAACCCGUCCAUGGACACGCGUAUCGGCAACGAGCCCGCGUGGACUACGCACACUCGCCGUCUCGACAAUGGCCAGCAGAUUGUUAUCAACCGCGAUGACGAGGAGGGCGACAUUGGUGUCAUCCAGCGCCCCCGCCUGGACAUGAACCGCGAAAAGUCGAUUGCCAUUGAUGAAGGCAGCCGCGCAAGCAGUGGCAGUGACGUCAGUGGCAGCGGCAGUGCUGGCGACUCGAGCACCCGCAACGACAACGGCGUCGCCUACAAGGACAUGGCGGUUGCAGGCGCUGCUGGCACCCUCCGUGCCAGGAAAGCCAAGGAAGAGCUCCACAUCGACAACGGGCGCCGCACACCGCCCAUCGCCGAGUUCCAGGAGGGCAACGACCUCGUCAUUGAGCGCCGCAAGGCCGACGAUGAAGUCGAGGUCGAGGUCAAGAAGGAGUACUUCAAGGACCACAAGGACGCGGACAAGAACUUUAUCGAGAUGACGGACCGUGCAGGCUCCCCAUCCAGGCCGACGUUCGUCCUGCCCGAGGGCGACGAGCCCCGCCGGCGGCCGGGAACACCAGACUCUGGCCACUCGACCAACUUCUCAGACCACUCGACCAACGCAGGCUCAGACGACGAGGACGCCGGCGACGGCUACGUCCGCCCCCGGCCGUACCAGAAUGUGCGUGAGCCCUCUCCACCACCCGAGAGCGUGCGCCGUGGCUCCACCGUGUCGUCCAUCAGCCAGGCCCCGGCCAUCCACUCGUAUAUUCCCGCGUCGCGCAUCAAGAAGGAGGAGAAGGGCAGCAGCUGGCGCCGCUUCCUGCGCGUCGGCACCACGUCGAGCAACACCUCGAGCCACUCGGCCGCCGAGGAGGGCCGGGGACACAGCCCCAGCCCCAGCCGCUACGGCCAAGGCCACGAGCACGCGCACCAUGACGAGGGUUUCCUCAGCGUGCCCGCGCGGCGAGCGGCCGCGCUCGGCGUGCCCCGCAUCCAGACGCUCGAGCCCGACGACGACCACGACCACACAAACCACAACGACCGCUCGCUCCAGCUCACGCGCACCUUGUCGCGCGCCAUCAGCUUUGCGCCAGACCUCGCACAGAGCUCCGAGACGGCGCCCACAAUGUCCAACUAUGGCAACGCCAACCCGACGUUCAAGCGCACCCCGAGCCUCGGCAUGUACCGUACCUCGUCGGUACGCAGCAUUGACGAGGAGGACGUGCCGGCGUUCAAGUAA